CUUCUGGUUUGGCAUAUCAAACAAGAACCAUGCCAUAUCAUCUCCUCUUCACCUUGUUUCUCUUUGGCAUUUUCUAUGCAAAUCAGGCCUGCAACCAAAUAGACCGCCACUCUCUCUCAUCCUUAGCCUUCAACAAUAUGUCUUCUCUUCCACUAAACUGGUCUUCCAUUGAUUGUUGCCAGUGGGAAGGCAUAUCUUGUGAUCAUGAUCGUCAAGUCACUCAUAUUUGGUUACCUUCUAAAGGCCUCAUUGGGAGUAUAUCUCCCUCUCUUGGAAACCUCACACAGCUCUCACACCUCAAUCUCUCCCACAAUUCACUUUUGGGUCCUCUCCCCAAAGGAUUGUUUUCGUCCUUGAAUCAACUCAAGGUCCUUGAUUUGAGCUACAACCAUCUAUUUGGAGAUCCAUCUGGCUGGCCUGCCUCCAUUCAAAUUGUUGACAUAUCUAGCAAUCAGUUCAGCGAGACAAUCCAAUCUUCUUUCUUUCAAAAAGCAUGGCGGUUGUCCGAGCUCAAUGUCAGCAACAAUAGUUUCAUGGGCCCUAUUCCUUCAUUUCCUUGCAUCAAUUCUUCCUUGGUCAAGCUCCUCGAUUUCUCCCAUAAUCAUCACAGUGGCCAUAUUCCUAGUGGACUUGGGGCAUGUUCCAAACUAAAAGUUUUCCGGGCAGGUUUUAACUCUCUCUUAGGACCUGUUCCUGAUGAUAUAUACAAUGCGACAGGAUUAGAAGAAAUUUCCCUACCUUCCAAUGAUCUUUCAGGACCCAUUAACAGUGAUAUUGUUAACCUUGUCAAACUUACCAACCUUGAGUUAUAUCGUAAUAAAUUUAGUGGCAAGCUCCCUGUGGAUAUUGGGAAGCUCUCCAAAUUGAAGCACCUGCUCCUUGAUGCGAACUCCUUAACAAGUUCCCUACCCCCAUCUUUGAUGAAUUGCACAAAUCUCGUACAAUUGAUUUUACGGCUCAAUUUUCUUGAAGGAGACAUCUCUACCUUCAAUUUCUCAACUCUUCAUCAACUUACCGUAAUUGAUUUGGGGGAGAAUUACUUUUCCGGUAACUUUCCAGUUAGCCUUUCCUCAUGCAAGACCUUAACAUCAAUUCGACUCAGCGGAAACCAACUAGAGGGACAAAUCCCGCUUGAGGUGGUUCAAUUGAAAUUCUUAUCCUUCCUUGCACUUUCUUACAAUAGGCUAACCAAUAUCACAGAUGCAAUUAAGAUUUUGAUGCGUUGCAAGCCACUCACCAUAGUGAUCAUAGGAGGAAAUUUUCUACACGAGGCAAUGCCUGGUGAUGACAAUAUAGUUGGUUCUUACGUAUUCGAAAAUGUUCGAGUUUUAAGUCUUGAUAUGUGCCAACUGAGUGGUCAACUACCUAUAUGGCUAACUAAGCUUAAGAAGCUAGAAGUCCUAUAUCUUAAUGACAAUCGUAUUACAGGUUCAAUUCCUGGGUGGUUGUCGACUCUUCAAAGGCUCUUUUAUUUAGACUUAUCUAAUAACCUCAUUUCAGGUGAAUUCCCAAAGGAACUUUGUGCAUUGCCAGCAUUAAUGUCACCAAAGGCUCUAGCAGACAAAAAUAAAUUGGAUUUACCACUUUUUCGUAUCACACCAACUAAUGUUAUCCAGUACAAUUUUCUCUUAAACAUUGGAUCAUUAAUUUCUGUUGCAAACAACAGUCUUAGUGGUAACAUCCCCGUUGAGAUUGGCGGAUUGAAGCUGCUUCGUGGUCUGUAUCUCAGUCAUAACAACUUCUCAGGCAAUAUUCCAGACCAACUAUCUGAGCUCACAAACUUGGAAUUAUUAAAACUCUCUGGAAAUCGGUUGUCCGGUGAAAUACCAUCAUCACUAAGUAAUCUACAUUUCUUGCAUGUCUUUAGUGUUGCAAACAACAAUUUGCAUGGACCAAUACCAUUAGGCACUCAGCUCCAGAGCUUUGAUGCCUCUGCAUACAAGGGCAACCCUGGACUUUGUGGCCUCCCACUUCCACAUGAGUGUGCCCAUAUUGUUAACAACAACAUAGAUAUUCGGGAUGAGGACAAUGGGCAUAGAAUCCCAUGGUUUCCAAUUACUGUGGUUCUUGGCUUCAUUACAGGCUUUUGGGGGGUUUGUGGUCCAUUGGUUAUUAGUUAUAAGUGGAGAGUUGCAUAUUUUCGAUUCAUGGACCACGUAAAAGAUAAGUGUACAAUUGUUUUCUUUAAAAUUGCAUAUUGGUCGCUCUAG